AUGGACAAACGCGAGUCCAGCCCGGACUCGCUGGUCGAGCCUCAGGAGAUCGAAUAUCGCUAUCUCGAACUAGAAACGCCGCUUCCGACACCAUGUAUUUCCCUGCCCCCGGGCCCCGGCCAGUCGCCGGCCCCAGAGGCGCCCAGCUUGGAAAAAUACACCUCGCCAUUCCUUUGGCCGAAAUGGCGCAAGUCGAUGAUGACCUGGAUUUCGUGCGGUGUCACAGCUCUCGCGGGCUAUUCGGCGGGCGAAGUCAGUCCGGCGUCGGAAGAGCUGUGCAAGGAAUGGGGAAUCAGCUCUGUCGUUUAUAACCUGAGCAUCACUAUCUUCUGCAUUGGAUUUGCUUUGGCGCCAAUGAUCCUCGCGCCCUUCUCGGAGAUCAAUGGACGCCGACCUAUCUUCGUUGCUAGUGGCAUUCUCUUCGUCGCCAUGCUGAUUGCAUGCGGCGGCACCCAUUCCUUUGCUGGACUGCUCGUUGCCCGUUUCUUUCAAGGUGUCUCCGGCUCUACGUUCUCCACGAUGGUCGGCGGUGUCAUCAGCGACAUCUACCACGCCAAAGAUCGAAACACUCCCAUGGCUCUUUUCUCCGGCUCUGCCCUCUUUGGUACUGGCCUAGCACCUAUCUUGGCUGGAGCAAUCGUCACUCAUACCACCUGGCGCUGGAUAUACUACUCUCACGCGAUUGUCUCGGCUGUGCUUGUGGUAAUCAUCUUUUUCUUCUUUAAGGAGACUCGGGGAAGUGUUCUGCUCAGCCGGAAGGCUGGCGCGUUGAAUUCCUACUACGAGAAACUGGAAGAAGCUGGCCACUAUGGCGUGAUUCUGUCAUCGGAAGAGGAAUCCGAUGAGAAGUGCAUCCGACGUAUUCGAUGGAAGGUGAAGAGCGACGAACAGCGAGAGUCAUUGGGCAAGAUGAUUCAGAUCUCUCUGUAUCGGCCUUUCCACAUGCUUGUCACCGAACCUGUCGUUUUCUUCUUCUCCAUUUGGGUCUCUUUUAGCUGGGCUACGCUCUACUUGCAAUUCAGUUCUGUCCCCCUCGUCUUUCGCACCAAUCACAACUUCAACGUCGAGCAGACAGGUGCAGUAUUUACUGCCAUGUGUGUCGGUGUGAUCCUCAUCACGAUUAUCAGCAUUUCCCAAGAGAAAAUCGCUGCUCGGUUCGGAUGGCUCUCUUCGUCAGCGGAAGGACGUCUGUACUUCGUCUGUAUUGAGUCUGUCUUACUACCCAUUGGACUCUUCUGGUUCGGAUGGACCUCUUUUUCCUCUGUGCCUUGGAUCGUGCCGUCCAUGGCCGUCGGGUGUGCAACUAUGGGCAUUUUCUCCAUCUAUCUGGCCACUUUCAAUUAUUUGGCAGACACCUAUCACCGCUUUGCCAGUUCCGCGAUUGCGGCACAGUCUUGCUGCCGGAACCUGCUCGGUGGCGUUUUCCCGCUGGUGACAACCGCGAUGUUUACCAACCUUGGCUUUCCUGGAGCAUCGAGUCUUCUUGGUGGAAUUGGCGCUCUUCUUACCCUUGUCCCAUGGAUUCUGGCUUUCUAUGGGCCGAAGAUCCGCGCUAGAAGCAAAAUGGCUAGUGAACUUGCGCAUUAA